CAGACUCAACUGCUUUCAUUCUGGAGAUGUUUUCACUGGACCCAUCUGAAUUAGCUAGAUUGUCUUGUAACCUUUUUCAAAUCGGACUCUAACUUCCUCCUCGUGCAUUGGUGGUGGUUUGUCCCGUCGCGCCACGUCCUCACCGACAUCCACCACAGGCGGAUCAGAGCCAGCAGGACCGGAAGGGCUCACCAGCAGAGAUGCAUAAAGAAAACUUGUACUUCACCUUUUAUCAACAGCGGCAUCUCUGUGAUGCUGUUCUAAGAGUGGGUGACACAGAAUUUCACGUACACAAGAUCAUCUUGUACGCCUGCAGCCCAUACUUCAGGAAUCUGUUCACUCAGUGGUCAAGUCCAGACUGUCGGAUCUUUGACAUAACCGAUGUGUCACCUGAAACAAUGAGCCUCAUCGUCGAGUUUUUUUACACUGGAUGUGCUCCGGUCACAGAUGUCAACGCCGCAGAGCUGUUUAUAACGGCGGAUCGCUAUGACAUACCCGGUCUCAUGCAAGUCUGCUCCGACUUUUUGGAGAAAGAACUGAAGAUAGAGAACUGUAUCAGCAUCUGGUUGUUGGCAGACUCGUAUUACUACCCUAAACUGAGACAAAAGGCUUUCUCCUACAUCCUGACUCGUUUUGAGAGGGUAGUUGUGGCCUCUAAACAGUUCCCUCUUCUCUCUGUUCAGCAUCUCAUUGAAAUCCUUCAGAGCAAUCAGCUCCUCGUGGAGACUGAAUCAAAUGUGUACGAAGCCGUCCGAAAAUGGAUCAGUCAUUCACCAGAUGAACGAAGGGAAUAUAUGUCUCUGCUCUUACCGCACGUCAGACUUGCCUUAAUAAGUCCAAUGUUCAUCUGCAAGAAUGUGGCGAAAAUCCCAUUCGUGUGCUCAAGCCAAGAAUGUCGACUGAUCAUCCUCGAGACGCUGGACGCUUUCCUUCAGAACGCCACAAAAUUUUUCCUUAAAAACACUGUCUGGUGCCCUCUGGCUCCUCCCAGAAUCCCCCCCGCUUUGAUCUAUGCUAUAGGAGGUUGGAGUAACGGCAACCCCGUCAGCACCAUCGAGGCAUACGACCCCCGCACUGAGCAUUGGGUGAAUCUAAGCUGCACAGAGGACGUUCCCCGCGCUUACCAUGGAACCGUUGUCCUGAAUGGGUAUAUUUACUGUGUUGGUGGGUAUAACAGAGUGACACAGCUCAGCUCUGUGAGCAAGUUCAACCUGAGGACAAAAACCUGGCAGGAGGCGUCACCAAUGCACGUCAAACGCUGCUUCGUAAGCGUAACAGUGUUGGAUGGAAUCAUCUAUGCAUUGGGAGGAUACGACGGCCUCAGAAGACUUAGAAGUGCAGAACGCUAUGACCCCGGAAGAAACCAGUGGACGUUCAUUUCAUCAAUGCACGACCGAAGAAGUGAUGCCAGUUGUGUAUCCUUCGAAAGGAAGGUGUACAUCUGUGGAGGCUUCACGGGGAUCCACUGUCUGUCAACAGUUGAGUGUUACAACCCAAGAAAUAACCAGUGGACAUGGAUGCCCUCUAUGAGCAGCAGGCGCAGUGGCAUUGGGGUCGCCGUCUGUGAACGCAGAAUAUAUGCGAUUGGUGGCUUCAAUGGAACGAAUCGCUUGAGAACUGCCGAGUUCUACAAUUCUGUCACCAAGUCCUGGGAGACUGUGAGCCCCAUGCUGUGUCCUCGCAGCAACUUUGGCAUCACAGUGGACAACCACUGCCUUUAUGUUGUGGGAGGCUACAACGGCAACCGCACCACCCAGGAAGUCGAGUUCUUCAACGCCGUAACUAACCGGUGGAUUGAUGCCCGUGACAUGGUGGUUUCUCGCAGCGCACUGAGCUGCUGCUUGGUGGAAGAACUCAACGACAUCAUGGAUUACAUUAUACCCGUUGUCCCCGGUACAGGACAAUUGGAUGGAGUGUUCUAGAUCGAGCGAUAGAAUGAUACACAGAGUAAUACGAUGAGAAAUAAACCUUGGUGCAUCCAU